GUUAGAAAACGGCGUGCCUGGGCUCUGAUCGCGGCGCGAUUUCAAUUCGCAGUACAAAAUCAAAGAGAUUUGUGUCAAAAUCAUUGAAAAUGAAUAAUUUGGUGGAACGUCCAACGGGAGCAUCGACGCCCAUCAUGGGCGCUGCAAGGCGGAUCAAUAUGCAGAAUAUCGAUCAGUUCUUUGUGCCGCAUUUCGGAAAUCGGCAAAUAUUGUCCCGCAGUUGUGGUGGCGCCGCCGGUCGCAGUCUGCCAUUGCCGCUGCAGCAUUUGUUCGACGUGCCGUUGGUGCCGGUGCCAGCGGUGCCAGCGGUGCCGUUGGCGCACUCCCCGGCGCCAUCGUUGUCGCGGAUGGCGCUCAUCGAAAGCUAUUGGAUGGACAUAGCAACUAUGAUGACUAUGGAUAUCACCAAAACAGAACCCGGACUCGUCGGGCUCUCAUCGAAUCAGCAGCAACAAUCCGGACAGCAGCAGCAGCAGCAGCAGCAGCAGGCCGCCAGCAUGAACAGUAACAACGGUGGCAACAAUGUGGGGCAGAAUGCCAACAACGGUUGCAACAGCAACGGCGGCGUCGGCGUCGGUGGUGGUGGUGUCAACAGUGGCAACGGCAAUGGCAACAACAAUGGUGGCAAUAAUAACAACAACAACAACAGCAAUGUCCAGAGCAUUGCUGCGGCGGCCAACAACAAUAACAACAACAACAAUGGCAGCCAACUGUGCGCCGGCUGUGGCAAGCACAUUCAGGACCGUUACCUGCUGCGCGCCCUGGACAUGCUGUGGCACGAGGACUGCCUCAAGUGCGGCUGCUGCGACUGUCGCCUGGGCGAGGUGGGCUCCACCCUCUACACGAAGGGCAACCUAAUGCUCUGCAAGCGUGAUUAUUUGAGAUUAUUUGGCAACACGGGCUACUGUGCCGCCUGCAGCAAGGUGAUCCCCGCCUUUGAGAUGGUGAUGCGCGCCCGCACCAAUGUCUACCAUUUGGAGUGCUUCGCCUGCCAGCAGUGCAACCAUCGAUUCUGCGUGGGCGAUCGGUUCUAUUUGUGCGAGAACAAGAUACUCUGCGAGUACGACUAUGAGGAGCGGCUGGUCUUCGCCUCGAUGGCCAAUCAUCCGAUGCUGAAGCGCCAUGUCUCCUCCCUGGGACAGGGCUCGCCCACUGGCGCCGCUGGGGCACCGGGAGCCACCGGUGGACUGCUCGGCGGAGGGCCGGGCGUCGCCAAUGGCGGUGUGGGCGUGGGCAUGGUCAACGGGCCGCGCACACCCGGCGACCACAACAACAACAAUGGACCACAGACGCCCACCGGAGGCGGCUCACCCUUUGCGGCCGCUGCAGCUGCCGCCGCUGCCGCCGCACACAUGAAGAACCAGUUGGGGGCGUCCAGCUAAAAUAAAGCCCUGGGCAUGGGCGGAGUUGGACCUGGUGUCGUCGGAGUAGGAGUUGGAUCUGGAUCAGGAGUGGGAGUGGGCGUGGGCGUGGGAGUCGGCGGAAUGGGUGUUGGUGCUGGCCAACAGCAGUUCUAUGGAGCCACGGGCUUCGGUCUGUCCCACCAACAGCAGCAGCAGCAGCAGCAUCAACAACAGCAACAGCAGCACCAGCAGCAGCAGCAGCAGCAGCAACAGCUAAUGGGCUUGGGCCUAGGAGGAGGAGCAUCUGGAUCCAUUGGAGCAGGAGGAGGAGGAGGAGGAGCAGCAGGAGGAGGCGUUGGCAGCAUGGGAAGCAGCUGCAAGCGCUACCAAAGAAAGUUCUACAACCGCAACUGAAUCGUGGAUCGUGGAUCGAUGAGAGAGAGAGAGAGAGAGAUGUGAAGAGAAGAGAAGAGAAGAGAAUAUAGUAGAGAGAUGAUGCCACAUGAUGACGGAUGAUGGAGUCGAGAUAUAUUCAAUCUUCGUUUGCUUUUGACUGAGUUCAAGUUUAAUAGUGUUAUAGUUUUAGUUCUUUGAUUAAGUUGCCACACCAAUCACUUGCUGAAUGUUGCACAUGCUGCAGAACUGCAGAGCUGCAUUACUAAGUUUUCAUUUCCCAUUUUCCAAUGGGCAAAUAUUCGUUUCGAUUUAAGAUCUGUACAUAAUUUACUUGCUAACUUGUUGACUUUUUAACGCUAUGGAUAGUUUUUUUUUUUAUAUUUUUUUUUAUUUUCGAGUGUUGAGUGUGUACCACAUGCAGAUGGGUAUAUUCGUAAUCAUAUUCAUAUUCAUAUUCAUAUUAAUAUUAUUCAUAUUGAUAUAUGUAACAAAUAUUUUAGUUUUCACGCUCGAAGCGUGCGGUGCCAAAAUAAAUUCAAAGCAGUGCCAAAAAAAGUCAAGAAAGAAGCAUAAAAAUAGAGGAGAGGAGUGAGAGAGAGAGAGAGGAGAAAGGAGAAAGGAGAAAGAGAGCGGCCUCAUCUCAUGUCUGCCCCACCGAUUGAACAAGCAAUCCCCGAUAUAUACCCAGAUUUAAGUUUCCAAUCUCCAAAACACACAAACAAAUGAGCCAGGGGACGCAGCAUGGGGGCAGUCGCUCCAGGUUAGGGUUUGGCAAAACGUUUGACUUUGAUGAUGUGUAAAUAUUGAAAAAAUUCUCUGCACACGACUACGACUAUACAAUACAAUAUAUAUAUAUAUAUAUACUUACGAUACGGAGUGGAGUGAAGUGGAGUGGAGUGGAGCGUAGUAUAUACAUACAUGCAUACAUAUAUAUGAUUUUUGUUCUGAUUCCAUUUUAAGUCUGUUAGAGCAACAUUGUUGAUUAUUAUUUAAGUUUAGUUUAGUGCGAGGCUAAUUAUCGCGGCAAACCAUAGCGGAAACCGAAAGAUGUAUAGACGAGAGAGCGGAGAGUGGUGUGUUGGGGAGGGGCUGGUGGGCAAAAGGAUUGUCCUCCAAUUACGAGCCGAACCGCCGUAACCCAAGCACUAGAGUUGAUGUAAAGAUAUGUGUAUCUAUGUAGUAUAUAUACAAUAUGUAUAACCGAUAACCAACAAGUGAAACUAGUUACAAUAUAAAAACUGUAUUUAUUAAUCCCAUAUUUUUUUUUUUUUUUGGUGAAUCCAAUUAAUCAAUAAUCAAUAAUCGGCUAUACGGCUAUAUAAUUAGUGUCCACUGUGUGUCGCGGGUGGGGUGUCCGCGUGGGUUGGCAUUCCGGAGUUCCACCCGGGACGACCCAACCCAAGCCCAGAACUAGCAAAUAUAUAGUAUAGAGCGUAAGAUGGAGCAGAAGAAACCAAAGUGUGUGUAUAAGCAAAAACAAAACAAAACAAAAAAGCGAAAAGCAAAAAAAAAACUAUUGUACUAUCAAUCUAUCAAUGUAUCU